UCCAAAUGACCUGUUGGUUGUGCGUUGUUUCGUCUGUCUUUUGCACACGGCACUGAUUUUUUAUUUUGCUGGCACUACCAGUUAUCAUCUACUUCUUGAGAUAGCCGGCAGCGUGGUGGUCGAAAACUAUACGUUUCUACAAAAAGACUUUGUGAGAAAAUCGGUGCAAAUAUGAGCAAUACUGCAGGACAGGUUAUCAAAUGCAAAGCCGUCGUUGCGUGGGAGGCCAAGAAACCACUCUCGAUUGAAACCAUCGAAGUUGCACCGCCGAAGACCGGAGAGGUACGAGUGAAGAUCUCGGCUUCCGGUGUGUGUCACACGGAUGCUUAUACAUUGGGUGGAUUUGAUUCAGAGGGAGUUUUCCCAGUCAUUUUGGGCCACGAAGGGGCCGGCGUAGUGGAGAGCGUAGGUGAAGGCGUUACGAAGUUCAAGCCGGGAGACCAUGUGAUUCCUCUGUACAUUCCGCAAUGUUUCGAGUGCAAGUUUUGCAAGAGCCCGAAAACCAACCUCUGUCCCAAGAUUCGUGCGACGCAAGGAAAGGGUCUGAUGCCCGAUGGAACUUCUCGUUUUACAUGCAAGGGUCAGCAGGUGUUCCAUUUCAUGGGGACCUCAACCUUUUCGGAGUACACAGUCGUAGCAGAGAUAUCUCUGUGUAAGAUUGAUGAAACAGCACCAUUGGAUAAAGUUGGUCUCCUCGGAUGUGGCAUAGCGACGGGAUACGGAGCUGCUCUCAAUACUGCUAAAGUCGAGAAAGGAAGCAGUUGUGCCAUCUGGGGACUGGGAGCAGUUGGAUUGGCUGUCGCUAUGGGAUGCAAGGCUGCUGGAGCAAGCAGAAUCAUCGGAGUCGACAUUAAUGCCGAUAAGAUAAAAUUGGGCGCACAGUUUGGCUGCACGGAGUUUGUCAAUCCCAAAGAUUACGACAAACCUAUCCAAGAAGUGUUGGUUGAGAAGACAGACGGAGGUUUGGAUUACACCUUUGAGUGUGUUGGCAAUGUGAAUACCAUGCGCGCCGCUCUUGAAUCGUGCACCAGAGGAUGGGGAGUUUCGGUUAUUGUUGGAGUCGCCGAAGCUGGGCGUGAAAUUGCGACACGGCCCUUCCAAUUAGUCACGGGUAGAACUUGGAAGGGAACGGCUUUUGGUGGUUGGAAAAGCGUUGAAAGUGUACCGAAGCUGGUUACCAGUUAUUUGAAUAAGGAGCUGAUGGUGGAUGAGUUCAUAACUCACACGAUGCCGGUCGAAGACAUCAAUGAAGCAUUCACGCUCAUGCACGAGGGUAAAAGUAUUCGAUCGAUCGUUAAUUUCUAAAUUUCAAAUGAGAAUGGUGAUAAAUUGAUCAAUACUGGAUCCUUAUUUUUUUACGUAGCAUCUAAUAAUAAGUUCCUGUAUGUUACUUGAAGCAUUUAAACACAGCUUAUUUCAAUCCAUAUUCUUAACCAUGUCAACUACUUGUGAUGGAAUUUCACAGGAAAUGUACUAUUGUUUAGAGCGUUAUUGUUGGUUAAGGGUCUACUAUAUGACAAUUUACAUCUUUCUUAAGUGAAGAACUUCCGUCAGUGAAGUAUUCACGUUAAUGGAGAUUUAGAAAAAAAAAAUACAUCUUCGUUUAUUUCUACUGGUUCAAUUUAUAUGUAUUUCUGCGCAUCACUUUGGUAUCAAUACAAAAAUGUAUUUCUUUUGAUAA